AUGGAAAAUUUGUUACUACAGGCAUUACUCUGCCUUAUAGUCAUAUUAUCUAACAACAAUGUAACUAGUGAUAUUCUCAUGACUGAAAUUCAGACACAUGAAAAACCUCAGAAUGCAGAACAAACAAUGAAACGUGAAAUUCUGAGACUUGAACAUUUAUAUCAAAGUAAAUGGGCGAAGGAAUUUCUUGAAUAUGAAUACAAGAAGGCAUUGGAAGAAGAUACUGCUAUUGACCACAAUGUUUUCGUUCAUGAGGGAUUAUACAGUAUGUUGAACACCAGUAUUUCAAGUAAAUGGGAAAUUCGAAAAAAUCUCGAUAUUACAGAAGGUAAUUAUGUUGCGGAGAAAUCAGGCGAUUUGAAGAAAGACGAAGAUCGUCUACAUCAAUAUUGCAUUCAGUAUGAUGAUGAUAAAAAUAUGACAUUCACGUUUCCUGACCAACAGACAGAAUAUCAUUCAACACUUCUUGUUUACUUAGCUUACCUUAGAGUGUUGGAAAGGAGAGCAGUCAUCGCAUCGAUAGCAUACAGAAAUACUGCAAAUUAUUUGCGAACAUGGGAUAAAGAAAUAACAACAGAUGGCUCAUCGAAUGAUGCUGAAAUUACAGAAGCCUAUUGGAAGGCUCGUACUGAUUUAGCCGAAGCCACAUUGCAACUUGCUAAAUCAAUAGAACGUUUGGAAAUCAAGAGGGUUGAAUUUUUGAAAU